CCAAUCAGAAAGAGUGAUUUCAAUUUGAAAGCAUUCAUCGAGCAAUCCGGCCACAACUUGAGCCUGCAGACGAACAUUAAAGUUACAAAAGCACACGCCAUGGGUCCACUAUACAAAACAAGCAAGAAAUUGAAGAUGGUUAUAAAGAGAUGGUACGUGCUAGAUAGGAACAAGGAAACAUUCUCAAGUUAUCGCGAUGAAACUUGCAGAAACGUCAAAGACGUUAUCCCAUUCCAACGUAUAGAGAACGUCUACAUAGAUGACGUACCAACGAAUUGCACAAAACUUCUCAAGUGGUCCUUCUGUAUAAAGACGACGACCAGUGCACACCUAUUAAUUGCAGCCUCAAGCUACCUCAGACAGAUCUGGAUCGACAUCUUAAUGACGGCAAUCACCGGAUACCAUGACAGCUCUUAA